CUGACGCGGGCGCGGCCAGUUUACACAUGCCGGGGAGAAGCGUGCUGGGCACCGCGCCCAGGAGGGAGACCGGCUUCGUGACAUUAUCGUACAUUCUUUCUAGAGUGGAGGAGGAAAUGAGAAGCAGUAUGUAGAGCGCCUAGCACAGUGUCUGGCACAUAGUAGGCACUCAGAACGUGUCAGCCAGCGCCAAAGGUCUGUCUGCAAAGUGUGUGAAACGGGCCCCCACGCCGCACGGCUCGCAGCUCGUGGCAGGCACCGGGACCUCACGCCGGCUCCCUCGGAUCCCCGGGACGCCCCCUGCCUGCCGUCCUUCUUGUACGCAUGCGUACGCAGCCCAGUCGUUUCGCACCUCAUCCUGUUUGGCCCCCGCAGCACGCCGUCCAGGGCUCGGUGCGUUGCCAUAGAAACCCGUGAGUGCUGAGGGGCGACCCUUGAAGAGUAGGCGCUGCUGGGGACCCGAGCAAAAUGUCUUUCCGCGACCUCCGCAACUUUACAGAGAUGAUGAGAGCCUUGGGAUACCCUCGACAUAUUUCCAUGGAAAAUUUCCGCACACCAAAUUUUGGACUUGUAUCUGAAGUGCUUCUCUGGCUUGUGAAAAGGUAUGAACCUCAGACUGACAUCCCUUCUGAUGUUGAGACUGAACAAGAUCGAGUUUUCUUCAUUAAGGCAAUUGCCCAGUUCAUGGCCACCAAGGCACAUAUAAAACUCAACACUAAGAAGCUUUAUCAAGCAGAUGGGUAUGCGGUGAAGGAACUGUUGAAGAUCACCUCUGUCCUUUAUAAUGCUAUGAAGACUAAAGGGAUGGAGGGCUCUAAAAUAGGAGAGGAAGAUAUCAGCAAAUUCAAGUUCGAUCUUGGCUCAAAGAUUGCAGAUUUGAAAGCAGCUAGGCAGCUUGCUUCUGAAAUCACCUCUAAAGGAGCAUCUCUGUAUGACUUGCUGGGCAAGGAGGUAGAGUUGAGGGAACUGAGAACAGAAGCAAUUGCCAGACCUCUGGAAAUAAAUGAGACUGAAAAAGUGAUGAGAAUUGCAAUAAAAGAUAUUUUGGCACAGGUUCAGAAGACUAAAGACCUGCUCAAUAAUGUGGCCUCUGACGAAGCUAAUUUAGAAGCUAAAAUUGAAAAGAGGAAAUUAGAACUGGAAAGAAAUCGGAAGCGACUCCAGACACUGCAGAGUGUCAGGCCAGCCUUUAUGGAUGAAUACGAGAAGAUUGAGGAAGAACUGCAAAAGCAGUAUGACAUUUAUCUAGAGAAAUUUCGAAAUCUGGCUUAUCUGGAACAACAACUUGAAGAUCAUCAUAGGAUGGAGCAAGAGAGGUUUGAAGAAGCUGAAAAUACUCUCCGUCUGAUGCAGAACAAGCUAAAGGAAGAAGAAAAGCGACUGCUCAAGAGUGGAAGUCAGCCAGGAGCGCCCGAAGCAGACCUAAGUGAUAAGCCUGCAUGGAGUUUAUCCCUUCCCGAGCGGCCUGGCACAGGUAACGAUGACUCGGACAUUGACAUCCAUGAGGAUGAUGAAUCUGACAGUGAAUUGGAAGAGAGACGGCUGUCCAAGCCACGGACAGCCAUGGAGGUGCUCAUGCAAGGAAGACCCAGCAAACGCAUCGUGGGCACAAUGCAAGGUGGAGACUCUGAUGACGAUAUGGAAGCAGCACCAGCUCUCUUAGGUAAAUGCAAGACUUCCAGCUCCAAGAAGCAGGAAGACUCAGAGGACAGUGAAAUUGACAUGGAAGAUGAUGAAGAAGAUGAUGAUGAUUUGGAAGAUGAGAGCAUUGCUCUCUCACCAGCGAAGCCCAGUCGAAGGGUUCGGAAACCUGAGCCCCUGGAUGAGAGUGACAAUGACUUCUGACCUUCUUGCUGAGGGACCCAGGCAGAUUAAAACCCUCAGAUUUGUAGGUAAAUGGGAAAUUAGAAGGUUAGGAAGGAAACAUAUGUUCUCUUCACUAAGCCAGCUGGACUCAUUGUUAAUGAAGCAAUACCUAUUUCUGCUUUAGCCUCCUAUGUGUUACUCCACAAAGCUUAAACAAGAACUGAAGCAGAUCUCAAAGAUGACGUUUUUUUUUUUGGCCUCAUUUACCUCCUAAAACUUGAGAAAUGCAUAUUAGUGAUUCACAUCCGCAGGACAGAAACUCAAGGAGAAGUAAGGGGAAGCACUGUACAGGUCUUGGCUGUUGUUGUCACACAUUUCCUCUAAGAGUCAGUGGGCCAGACUGAGCACAAGCACUCAUUUUAGGAAUCAGAGGGAAGUGUCAGACUAUUAAACACUUACACAGUUGAGAACAUUUACUGUACACCAGCUUUUAAUGGUAGCCCUUAUUUCAUUUUAAAGUUGUCUUUCUUCUGCAUGGUCACAAUACCAAGCUUUAAAUAUAUUUUACUAAAAUUUUCUGAAUGAAAGUUGGCUAAGUUAGAGGAAAACCAGCUUUCCUUGAAUGUUAGGCAACAGAGAGAGGCUCCAGAUUAUAAACAUUCCAUUUUCUCUCAGGAGGCUGACAUUCCUCCUUAGGAAAGCAAAUUAAGGAAGAAGUUUGAGUGCAUAUUCGUGUUUCUGACUUAAAAAAAUAAACUAGAAUUGUAUUAGGUAGAGAAGCACUAGAAGAAUUUCCCUGUUGUGAAAUGAGAAGUGACACGUGGAGUUGUUUUGUUUUGUUAAUAUGGAAAGCACAGAACAGUUUUCAUUUAUUUUUCAUUAUAUAGUCAGAAGACUUCUGAAGUUACUUCUUUCUUAAUAAAUGUAUUUAAUACCAUAUUUUUAUAUUAUUAAAUAAGCUUUACUGGGAAAUGUAAUUAUUUUGUUUAUUUGCACCUAUAACAUAUAAAUACUAUUCAAGAAAAGUUCACAGGUUAAUGUGGUACAUGUAAAUUCUAGAAGACUGUGUGACAAUUAUUUCUAUCUUUGCGUUUUUCUCUGUCUUUUCCUAAAUUUGAUGUAUGAGAUUACUCUUUUUUUUAAACAUUCAGCAUUCAGUUAAUUCACCAGUAAUUUGAGAUGUGCCAUCUUCAAAACAAUAAGCUGAAAAGGAGAUAGGUGUGUCGGGAGCCAUGCUAACCACCUCAGAUGCCAUGGCUUCUCAGGAGCAAAAGAGUGACUGCAUCUUCUUGGAUGUUAUAGCUUUGGUUUACCUGAGUCUGACCUGACUUAUGUUUUGAAAAAACAAAAACUAUAUUUCUGUUUUCCGUAUGUGAUGCUUUCUUCUGAUGGACAUUAACAUGGGAGUCCGACUCAAACUCAGAUAACACACCCAGAGAAGGAGGCAACAGCUGCAGUGGGCAUUUCAUUGUUUCACCUGCUUCUUGGUCAUCCUUCAUCCCUUGGUUAACUGAGUUUAUGCAGAGUCUCACCAUGAUAUGGCACUUCCUGACUUGAGUAGCUUCUCUCAAUGAAGAGGUUCCAAGUACUUGAUCAUAGUUAUUAAUGUACUUCUUUCUCUGUAUCAGAUCCAGGAGUCAGAUAUGUGCAAGGGCCUUAUGACCUGGUGUCAUUUGGUUUUGCCAUGCAGCAGAGCAGACUCAGGCCCCAAAGAAGAUUAUGUGAUUAGGUCAAUGAAAAACUACCAUUUAGAUCUCUGGCGACAGUUUUUUUUCCUGUGUAAUUAAAGGACCUCUUAAAAUGCUUUAAAAUGUGUGUGUUGACAGCAAAUAUAAAGAUAUUUUUUAAGUCCUCAAUUUUUAUUGGUGGUAGCCAUCAAGAACAAAGUCCAAAGAACUGUUCCCGUUUUAGUUGGGACAGAAAGAAGAAAUGCAAGAUAUCUUUCAGUAGCAUUUUAAAUUAUAUCAGGGUCAAACGUCUAAAAGGAAGGUAUGUCCCUUUAGUUACCAACAUACUCCAUAAAUAUCACAGCUAUUAGAUUGGCCCAGAGGACUCUUGAGUGCUAACAUUCCAGGACUGGUUGAAUUAGAAGAGAACUAAAAGGUUCUUCCUCCUACCCAGAACAGAAGGCCUCUCAUUCAGGAUGUGACUGGAUCAGGAAGGCAAAGGGCUCAAGAAGGGAUGUCAUUAGGGAAAAAUGGAACUGAUGGAAUAACCAAUGUGUCUAUGAGAAAUAGUAUUCAGAUGUUACACUUCUGUUGGACAGUUUGGAAAGAAUUAAGCAAUAGUGACACAGAAAAGUAAAUUUUUUAAAUGAUGCAACUGUUAAUUCUAGAAAGAACAGUAGAUUAUAUAGGAAGAAAAUGGCUCAGCAGCGAUUAGUACUCAUAAAGUCAUAAGAUAAACACUAAAUAAUGAUUUAACCAAAAAUCAUGCUAUAACUAUAUUGAAAGGAUGAAGAAACAAAAAGUGGGGACAUAAGGCGAUGUACAUACAAGUGCCAUUUCCCAUAAUAGGAAAGUCAAUAGAUAAUCUCUAAAAUGAUAAAGCAAGAAAUAGUGUAUGUAGGAUAUUUAGUUUAGGGGAUAGGGGUAUUCAGGAAGGGGAGGAACAGGACAGGAAACUGCUGUUUUCCAUUUUAAGCCUAGUAAUACUCUGGCUUUUUAAACUAUGUGUAUUACUAUGUAUGUUGCUUUGAUGAAAAUGAGUUUUUAAAAAGAUAAAUAUUCAGACAGGAAAGGGGUAAGAGCUGGAGAUUCAGAUUUGAGAAUCAUUUAUGUAGAAGAUUCCUGAGGGGAGACCAUGUGGGAUGAGAAGAGAGCUAAGGGUGGAAACCUGAGAAACACUUGUGUCUAAAGGGAAACGUCCACAAGGAACCAGAAAGAAAGAUGGAAAGUGUUUUCUAAAGUGACUAUAUUUUAUUUUAAUAGUUAGGAAAAACUGUUUAAUUUUUCAAAGAGUGUUGAAGAAGAGUAGUAACAAGAAGGUAGGAUUGGAAGAUCGUAAUGUUAUGGAAGCCAAGGCAGGGGAGAAUUCCCAAAGACGGGGGAGGUGAACAAGUGCUAGAUCCUUGGUAUGAGUGAGCUUGAGUCACAGCAGCCAUUGAAGUUGGCAGUUAGGAAAUUUCCGGUGACCUUAGCCAGGAGAAGUCAGAUAGAAGAUGACAGGUUGAAGAGAGGUUGGAAUUUUGAACCAACACACUAUGGAUGACUGUUCAGAAAGGUGGGAUGGUCACAAGUGAAAAGAGAGGGCAGAGCCAGGGGAGAAAAGCAGGGUCAAAGAACAU